CACGCCAGUCCACAGAGGUCCUGAUCAACCAAGAGGACAGCAGGGAAUAUCACCCUCUUCGGGCUGGAGUCAGUGGGAACAGACCCAAGAUGUCGGGGAGGAAUGCUUGGAAGACCUUAGCUUUCUCUUUGGUGGAGCAGAUGUGGGCCCCCCUCUGGAGCCGUCCGAUGAAGCCAGAGCGAUGGUGUUCUCAGCAGUCCUGUGCACGGCAAACCAGCACUAACACUUUGCACCCACUCCGGACGGGCCCAGUCUCCGUGCCAGGGGGCACCCGGCAGUCUCCCAUCAACAUCCAGUGGAAGGACAGCAUCUACGACCCCCGGCUAAAGCCACUCAGGGUCUCCUAUGACGCAGUAUCCUGCCUGUACGUCUGGAACACUGGCUACCUCUUCCAGGUGGAAUUUGACGAUGUCACCGAGGCAUCAGGAAUUAGUGGUGGGCCCUUGGAAAACCACUACAGACUGAAGCAAUUUCACUUCCACUGGGGAGCAGUGAACGAGGGGGGCUCGGAGCACACAGUGGAUGGCCACGCGUACCCCGCCGAGCUGCAUUUGGUUCACUGGAAUUCUGUGAAAUACCGAAAUUACAAGGAAGCUGUCGUGGGAGAGAACGGCUUGGCUGUGAUAGGUGUGUUUUUAAAGCUCGGGGUCCAUCAUCAGACGCUGCAGAGCCUGGUGGACAUCUUGCCGAAAAUAAAACAUAAGGACGCGCGGGCGGCCAUGGGCCCCUUCGACCCCUCCAGUCUGCUGCCAGCCUGCCGGGAUUACUGGACCUACGCGGGCUCACUCACCACCCCACCGCUGACCGAGUCAGUCACCUGGAUCAUCCAGAAGGAGCCCGUUGAAGUGGCCCCAAGCCAGCUCUCUGCAUUUCGUACUCUCCUGUUUUCUGCACUUGGUGAAGAGGAGAAGAUGAUGGUGAACAACUAUCGCCCUCUUCAACCCCUGAUGAACCGGAAGGUCUGGGCAUCCUUCCAGACCACUAAUGAGGGCACAAGAUCCUUGAGACGUUAGGUCCACAUGAGUAGCAGAACUGACUCUGAAAGAAGGAAGCAUUGUUCCCCAGGUUUCACAAUGUGAUCGUACGUGACUUCUGAAAUUAAAAAGAGAGAAUGGGAUUA